AUGGCUUCCAAUGAAGUUGAUUUAACAUAUAACGAUAAAGAAGUUUUGGCUUCUUUGGAUUCAGGGAAUGAUGAAGAAUGUCUCGAUUCGGUGAGCAGAAAAUGGAAAUGUAGUCAGCCUGUAAGAAUAAACAAUGAGAUACCACUGACUUUUUAUGAUUCAAAUCGAUCCCGGCUUUCGGUUGCUGUUGCGCAAACGCCGGGUCCGCUGGUUAAAGGUUUGAUCGUUUUCGUGACGGAGGCCUUGGAUGACGAUGGUUUGCCGCAUACGCUGGAGCAUCUUACUUUUAUGGGUAGUGAGAAAUACCCAUACAAAGGUGUUUUGGAUCUGGUCGCUAAUCAGUGCUUAGCAUCAGGAACUAAUGCAUUCACUGAUCAAGAUCAUACCGGAUAUGAGUUAACCACUGUUGGUAGCCAGGGAUUUUUUAAGAUUCUUCCAAUGUACUUGGAUCAUUUAUUAUCACCUUCAUUAACGGAUGCUCAGUUCGUAACAGAAGUUCAUCAUAUCAAUGGCGAAGGCGAAGACGUAGGAGUUGUUUACAGUGAAAUGCAAGAAUGCGAAUCUGAAAUGCAUAACAUUGUUAGCAGGAAACGGAAAGAGCUCUUCUAUCCUGAAUGUAAUCCUUAUCGUGUCGAAACAGGCGGACGUUUGGCAGCUUUGCGAACAACUUGCAAUAUGAACAAAAUACGGCGGUAUCACCAUGAUUUUUAUCACAUUAGUAAUAUGUUUGUAAUUGUUUGCGGUUCCAUUGACCACUGUAUCUUGCUCGAAAUUCUAUCAACAGUAGAAGAGAGAUCUCAACAACGAGUACCACACCUUUUUAAUCGACCAUUUAUGAAUGAAAUGUUGGUUUAUGAAGACAGUAUAGAGGAAAAGAUUAUUUGUCCUAAUGAAGAUGAAAAGUUUGGCAUGGUAGAAAUUGCUUGGAAGGGACCAAAAAAAAAUCUGGAUGAUUUGAUACGUCUUGAAGUUCUUGCAAACUAUUUGUGUAAUACUGCGGCUUCUCCUUUACAACAAGAUUUUGUACAACUGGAUGAACAACUGGCGAGUUCGGUAAAUUUAUACAUACGAGAACAAGUCAUUAGCGAGAUCGUGCUUAAUUUUACCGGAGUACCAAUGGAAUCAGCUUCUCAUAAAUAUGUUUUCAAACUAUUAUGCAUGCAUAAAAUAUAUGGAACUACCAAAAAUUUGAAUAAAAGAUUGAAUGGAAUUGAUUAUUUGAGGGAUUUAAUCAAUAAUGAACGUGAAGAGUGGAUCAAAUUGUCUCAUAAUUAUCUGAGAAAGGAAUGUGUCACUGUAUUAGGUUAUCCUUCUCGAAAGGAAAUGGCCAGAAUCACUGACACGGAAGAGAAACGAAUCCAGAAGCAACGCCGAAAAUUGGGAGAGAAUGGGCUUCGCCAGUGUGCUCUUGAGUUAGAAAAUGCAAUACGUGAAACGACGGAGCAGAAACCGUCGCCUGAAUUACUCUCUAAAAUGAUGAUUCGUGAUUUAGAAGCUUUCGCCGUAUUCAAAGUAGAAACAAUUGAUGUGCAAACUGCACGAAAUUAUGAGGGAUUAUUCAAACUGGGGUUGCCCAUUUACAUCCAUAAUAUUGAAACACAUUUUGUACAAUUUAUGGCUGUCUGGGACACGAAAGAUAUACCAUUAGAUUUACGAAUGUGGAUGAUGAUUUAUUUUGAACUGAUAUUUCAAAGUCCAGCAGUGGUGGAGGGCAAAAAAUUAUCAUAUGAAGAUGUAUCAAAAUUAUACACACGGGAUCUGACUUCUGUAUGCGCUUCAUUAGGCGUUUUGGGCCGCUUUGAACGGUUUUGUUCAGUUGUGUUGAAAGCUGUACCCGAACGAUAUGUGACGAUGACAUCGUGGUUGACGAUUUUUAUUAAAGAUAUCAUUUUCGAAGCCAAGCGUGUUAAAGUAACUGCGCAAAGUUUAAUUGCUCUGGCUGAUGAAGAAAAGCGUGAUGGCUACGAAAUGCAAGAUACAUUACUUCAAACGGCAUUAUAUCAAAAAAAUAGUAAUAGUUAUAUUCAUGGUUCCAUUCAGUUGGAAGAAUUUCAUAAGACGGUGUUAAACUUGACUGAAAAAAAUCCUAGUUUCGUUAUUCGAAAAUUGGAAGAGUUGCGUGAAGCAUUAAUUAAUUCUCCUGUAAACAUACACAUAAUUUGCAGCGUUGAUAAAGUUAUGCCCUUCCUGCCAACCACUCUUUCUUGGCUCUAUAAUCAUCGUGCUAAAACUUAUACAGAGUUUUAUAAUUCACCUGGAGAAAAUAUAAGAGAUGAUAGCUUCGGAAAGCAGCGUGUUGUCGCUGUUGGCGCUACUGAGUCAUCUUUUUUGAAACAAUGCGUCAGGUUCAGCCAUGAAAGAGACAGUCAAGAGGGAUUAAAUAUGAUGCUAAUGGUUCAGUAUUUAUCUCAAGUGGAAGGGACCUUAUAUAAAGCUAUUCGUGGAGGUGGUAUUGCUUAUGGUGUUGGUAUUGAUGUUGAUUUUGACGAAAGCACUCUGAAUUUCUGGAUAUAUCGAAGUGCUCAACUCGAGCAAGCUUAUGAAACAGCCAAGGGAGUUGUGAUGAAGGAAAUGGUAAAUGUGAAUGAAAUUGAAUUUGAAGCGGCAAAGCGAAGUCUCGUGUCAGAAAUCAUGCAGUGUGAAGACACAGUUACAAGGGCAGCACAUCGCGCUGUUCUGAAUCAGUUUGAGAAACUAUCUUCUCAGUUUUGGAGGGAAUUUUGUGAACGUAUUUGGAGGGCAUCAGUGGAAGAUGUUGUGCAGUGCAGUAAAGGCUAUAUUAUAGAUUUGUUCAAGGAUAAGAAGUGUUGUCGUGCUAUAUCUGUUCCAUAUGGGAAAGUUAAGGACAUAAGAAAAUAUUUCCAAGGAAUAGAAGUAGUGAGAUCAUCAGAGUUACAUGCAAAGUUUGACUUAUGAAU